AUGCAGCCAUUUCGCACCCCCCAGUGCCCCGUGUGCAGAAAACCCGCCACUCAAUCCUGCCUCGCAAACGGCCACUUCCACCGCCAGAACCCCAGCAUGAUGGGGCCCCCAAUGGGCGCGCCCCGUUAUCCCCCCUCCCAGGCCCGCGGCUACCAUCCCGCCCAAUCCAGCCCGUUCCAAGGCGCAGCACGACCGAACCAGUCACCCCCGCUCAGCCAGGCCGGCACCUACAUUCCCGGUUACAACCGCCGCAUCCCAAACGGCGGCACCGUCGAGAUCGCAGGGCACUGGCGUGGAAACGGGCAGUCGCUGGGGCCGCAACGCUCGCAGGCGCAGGCGCAGCCGCAGGCACAGGCUCGAGCACAGGCGCAGUCACGCGCUGAGCUAGAGGCCGCGAACGCGCGCAUCAAGCAGCUCCAGCGCAGGGUGCAGCUGAACAACAUCCAGGCCACCGGGUACAUUAACCACAUGAGGCAGCAGAUGUCGAGCAACAAUGAGGCGUCGCAGAGGGAGAUUCAGUCGCUGACGCAUAGGCUCUGGGAGAACAAUUCGCGGGCGGAGGCGGAGAUUCAGGAGUUGCGCAGGCGGAAUGAGGAGUUGGAGAGGAAGGUUCGGUUUGGUUGA